AUGGUCAGCAUCAUCGAAGAAGAUAAGGGAGGAGGCUCAUGGCCUGUCGUGCCCUACACCUACGCAACGCUGGGGGUUUCUCACGAGAUUCUGGUCCAGAGAAAGGUUGAUUUUGCGAGACUCGCAAGAUUCCAUGAAGGCGAUAGGCAGGCGGAGGAGAUUGCGAACGCGCUUGUGAGCGCUGUGGAAAGUGAGCAGCCCAUUCUCCGGACCGUCAGGGCCCCCUCCCACAUUCUAACGAAGGAAGUAGUGUCUCCGGAGCACAAGAAGCUCUUGAAACUGUUCGCCCGACUUAGCCCCAUCACGCCGUUCAAGUUGCGAGCUGGAGAAGGCGACGAGUGGAUCACCAAGCACGACGUAUACCUCAGCUGGAUCAUGGGCGACGAAGCCCCGAUACUAGUUCUCAGUGGCGGAAGAGGUGUCGGCAAAAGCAGACUGUCGUACUCGAUCUUCAAGCAUCUCACGAGAGACUACAACGCAUCGCGGACGGUGGCAUACUUCUCUUUCGACAAGCGAGACUGCCGGCGGAAUACGGUCUCUUCGAUGUUGAUGAAGAUCAUCAGGCAACUUCUUGCAAGGACGCCCUCGGUGUUCUCCAGGUUACCGGUCGGCGGUAGCUCGAGUGACACGUCUCAGUGGACCGAAGAAGACCUCUGGAUACAGUUACGGACGGUCAUCCGCCUCCUCGAUGGCAAAGACCUGUUGUUCAUCAUCGACGCCAUCGACGACUGCCAAACGACAAGGCGGCCCAUCUUCCUGAAGAAUCUCCUGCAGUGUGUAAUGGACUUUAACGUGCGAAUGCUGUGCACGGCCGCUAGCACGUCGGUGGCCGAUAUCUACCCGGCUGCUUCGAUGGUCAAGGGACAAGCCCACGACAAGCUAGAGAGUUUGGAUCCCAUUAGAUCCCAUGGCGGAAACGAGCCGAGUCCAACCCAUCAUGUCGCGGCAAUUGAUCUGGAUAGGUGCGAAGGAUAUAGGGUCAACUUUGAACGUUAUCUGGGGUCCAAAAUCGAGCGCUUGAUUGCCAGCAACCCCAAGUUUGCGACAGUUGAGUCGAUCAUCAGCAAGCAGCUUGCGAACGUGGAUGGUUUCCCCCAUGCGGAGCUCGUCAUGGACAGGCUCGACCGCCUCAGCUGCUAUUCCUCACCGCAGCAUAUCUUGGAAUCUCUGUCGUCUCUAGAUUGUAGCCUCCCCGAUCUCAUUCAGAAGAUACUAGGCUCGCCGCCGUCCUGGGUCCUCCACUCACUGGCAUGGAUGGUGUUCGCCUUGCGGCCGCUCAAGCUCAAGGAGCUCUCAGUGGCCACAGCGGUACUCGCAGCAGGGCCAGAGUCCAUCUUGAGGCUUGGCAUAGACGACAGCGUCAUCCCACGCCAAAUAGAUGACGAUCUGGUCCGCGAGCUCGGCCCAUUAGUGGAUAUCGAGCUCGGCGAGGUUCGCAUCUCUCACGCCCACUUUGGUCAACAUGACCUCCCAGAACUGAUGGGGAAGGAGUCGCCAGAGGUAGGCAACUUGAAACUGACACACUCGUGUCUAGCCUAUCUUCACAGCACCCUCCGGUUCCUUGUUGCGGCCGAGAGUGAGGCCAAGGACCGAGAGCCGGAGAAUGGCAGGGGCGCCGACAGACGCCUCAAUCUCGACGGAAUCAAGUACGACUUUCUCGAGUACGCCGUUCAGCACUGGCACAUCCAUUACCGUCGUGCUGUUGAACAAAUUGAGCCGAAGCCAGGUUCUAAUCCGAUGGCCGGUAUCGCGCUUGCCGUAGGUCUCGCGGGCUACGAAACAUACAGGACUCUCCAGACACUUGUCGUGGACCUCCUGAAGAACGAAUCCUACAUGGCGCUCCUGGAACGGCUCGACCAGCAAUACGGUAACCUGCGAUCGGAGUAUCUGAGCGAUUUGGUCGAGCCCGUCCACUUUGCUACGCAGUUUGGCCUCUCCAACAUUGUCGAGCUACUUCUGGCGCAAGAGCGGCCGGAAUCAUAUCAGGCAACCAUCUACACCCUCCGAAUAGCCAGCCGGAAAGGCUAUCCUGGCAUUGUAAGGCAGCUAGUCGACACGGCAGUCAGAGCCAAAAAGUCAGGCCCCAUCUUGGACGCCCUGGAGGAGCCCUGCAAGAGGGGCAGCGACGAGGUUUGUCGCAUUCUCAUCCAGGCUCUUGAACAAGUUACAUCGGAAGGACAUGACACAUCAGAAGAGCCGACUAGUUCAGAGACACCGGCUACAGCGGAAGAAGGACUGUUCCCGGCAAAGCUCCUGUGCCUAGCCGCGAAGAAUGGUCACCACAGCGUUGUCACACAGUUGAUCGCAGCGGGCGCUCGAGCCGACAUUCCGUUUGAAGGAAAGACUCCGCUGCAUUACGCCGCUGCUCAGGGGCAUCUAAAGGUCGUCGAAUUUCUCCUUGGCAAGGGAGCGGACCCCAACGCAACCGACAGCACGUCCCGUACCGCCCUUUACCACAGCCUGGAAGGUGGUCAUAUUUACCUGUCUCGGUACCUUCUCGGCCAUUCAGAUCCUGUCGAUCGCCAGGCUACGGGUCUGCCAAGCUCGUUGGAACUGGCCGUCAAGUGUGGGGAUUACGCUCUAGUAGAGAAGAUCCUUGACUUGCAGGACAAGGCUGAGAUCCCCCAGGAUUCAUCACUGCACCUGGCAGUCAAGUAUGGCUAUGCAAAACUCGUAACGCUUCUGCUGGAUCGCGGAGCGGACGUCAAUUGGCGCGGCGCCGACGAGGCCAGCGUCACUCCUUUGCUUGUCGCCCUAGUGAACAACCAGGAAGAGAUAGCUGGGAUGUUGCUACAGCACAGCAGCAUAAGCAUUCCUACGGACACACCGUACGGAGGCAGCGCGUUGCAACUUGCAAUCCAGGCUGGAUAUGUCGAAGUCGUGGCGAAGCUGCUUGAUAAAGGGCCCGACGCACACCACCUCGACUGUGGUGAUUCAUCGCCGCUCGUCGACGCCACGAGGAAAGGAUCGCUAAGCAUUGUGCAACGGCUUCUCGAGAGCGGUUUUGAUCCCAAUAGGCAAGUCGACUUCGAACCCGCGCCUGAAGUUGAUGCAGAAGAGGACGGCAGCUGGUCGGCACUUCACUGGGCAGCCCACGGGGGCAACCCCGAGAUCGCCAAGUGCUUGAUAUCCAAACAGGCAAAGGUGAAUCUCCGAACGAGGAGGAAGUACACUGCACUACACCUAAGUGUAUUCGAAGAUCGGACUGGUGUUGUGGAGACUCUCCUCAGCCACAACAAGUUGAGAAAGGCCAACAAUAGCGAUAAUAUCGGCGACCGAAGACCAAGUCUGGCCACUACCGACAACACGGCCGACGAGCAGCAGGAAUCGGUGGUGGACGUGAAUGCAAAGAACGAAUACGAGUCAACCGCAGUCCACGCCGCCGCUGCAUUCGGCCGAUUGAACUGUAUGGUGAUGCUUGCGGACGCGCGUGCGCUCCUCUCAGAGAAGGACAGCGGUGGCCGGACGCCUCUGCACCUUGCUGCGGCCAACGGCCACGCGUCUGUUCUGCAAGCCCUGCUGGCUCGGCGGGUAGAUCCUGACAGCAAGGACAAUGAGAACUACACGGCCCUGCAUCUUGCCGCGGAAAGUGGCCAUCUGACUGCUGUGAAGGCGUUGCUCGCCAGCAAAGCGGACCCGGACACGCAGGUUGGCAACGGCCGGACACCGCUACGCUCAGCCGUCGACGGGAAGCACUUCACCAUUGUCGAAGCACUCGUCUCGGCCGGCGCCGAAAUUGAGACCAGAGACAAGUACGGCCUCACGCCUCUCCACGCCGCCGCCGGGAUUGGGUGGGACGAAGCUCUCCUGUUUUUGCUGCAGCACGGAGCAAAUGCAAAUGCAGUGAACGACCGUGGGAACACGCCUCUCCACGAAGCGGCCAGGCAAGGACACAACAAGGCGGUCCAGCACCUCUUGGAAUCCAAGGCAAACAUUGACCUUGAGAAUCGUUGGCGGUGCACGGCACUGGCAUACGCUGUAUUACAUGAGAGCGUCGAGACAACUAGGUUGUUACUGGAAAGUGGUGCAAACCCCAAUACCCGCGACCAGGACGGCGACACUCCGCUGUUCAUGGCCAUAGUGUGCGGGAGGAUCAAUAAGGGCGCCCUUGUCAACAUGCUCCUCGACCAUAACGCCAAAGUAGACGUGCCAGGCAACUCGAAGGGUCAGACGCCGCUCCAAUUUGCUCUGGAAUUCGCUCUCAGCCCCGGGGUCGUGGCGCGGUUCGUCAAGGCUGGCGCGCCGAUUAUGGAGCGCAGUUACGACGGCUACACGGCAGUAGAGCGGGUCGUGGUGCGCAACAACGUUCAAAUGCUUCGGGUCUUCGUAGAGCACGGCAAGGACGUCGACAUCAACGCCUGUGACGACAUGGGUUUCGCCCCUGUCCACCACGCGGCCCGCUGGUGCCACCCGAAGGUCUUGAGGUUCCUGCGCGACACGGCCGCUUGCGAGUUUGCAAAAAGGGACCGCCAAGGCCGCACUGCCAUGCACCUGUGCAUGCGGUCCCUAGGAAUCGACCAAUUCCGGGAGCUCUUUGGACGCGAGCGGGAGACGCUAGACGAGAAGAGCAGCAGCCCAGAGAAAGAAGAAGUGUCCCGUGGCGAAAACGAUACCGGCGAUGAGGAGACGGCGCCCGUCGAAGGGGGAGAGAGAGCGGCAUUUGUCAAUACGGCUGAGGACGGCAAAGAGACGCCACCACGCGACGACGGUGACGCGGCACUCCAGGCCGCUGAGGCUCAUGGUGACCUCAACGUGCCGGAUCUCGACCGCUGGACGCCUUUGCACUGGGCGUGCAAGAGCGAAGAAGGAUAUGAGGUGGUGCGCGAGCUGCUGACCCUCUCGGCCGAUCCGCACCGCCCCUGCGCGCGGGGAUGGACGCCCAAGCUAAUUGCUCAGUUUCACGGAUCCUGGGGCAAGCUUGGGGAGUUGUUCCCAGCUGAAGACGUCCCAGAUGCUGCAGCCGCAGUUAGCAAGAGGGACGCCGAUGACGGUGAGGAGUCAAAACUCGAUGCAGGUGAUGUGGAUGGUACGGGAGGGGGGAAGGGCAAAAAAAUAUCGCCGCCCGUGCGAAAUAUCACGGAGGGCGAGGGCCAUCCGGGGGUGGGGUGCGACGGGUGCCGUUUUGUAAGCGAUGGCCCCUCUUACAGUGGCUGCUUCUUCCCUUUGUCAGGAAGUACCCCUGCUGACGCCUCUACCUUUGCCGAACAGGAUAUUAAAGGCGUCCGGUUCAAAUGCGAGGCCUGCGACGACUUCGACUUCUGCUUCAAGUGUCGCUGGACCGCCGACAAGACACAUCCGGCGGGGCACACGUGGAAGGUGAUGGGCAGCGGGCCAGACGAGGGGCCCUUCUCUUUCAUUUCCUCGCGGCCUGAGAGCCCGAGACGCGAUGAGCCCAAGGCUCCCUUGGAGGAACGCCGAAGUUCGGCCAGGCGGUGGCGUCGUGCGAUUCACACGGGUUGA